AUGAUAGCACGUUUAAAAUGUGGCUACGAAUUCACACAAAAAGCUCUUCAGUCGCUCAACGUCUUCUACAUCGUCAUUGGCGUUCUUCUCAUCUGCACUAGCGCCUAUGCUAAAUCGGCUUCCAUAGUUACAUCUGUCUCAGUGCUAGGCGGAAUUAUUGCCGCAGGUGUGUUUCUCAUCGCGGUAGCCUUGCUUGGUAUAUAUGGAACAAGAAAACAGAAUCAAGUAGCAUUGUUUUUUUACAUGGUUAUUCUUUCAUGCGUAUUCCUGAUUCAAUUCAUUGUCGCCAUAGUUUGCCUUGGAAACGUCUCUGAAACUAGUUUGGAAGAGCUAGUGACGACUGGAUGGAGCAGAUCUGAUGAGGCUGUCAAAUGGGAUGCACAGAAGGCGUUUGGGUGCUGUGGUUUGGAUUAUUCGGAUAUGCUGAAACGUGACUGUAAGAAAUUAUCGUGUUGGAACUACUGCGAACCGUGUCUUCCGGUUAUCGUCAGUGUAACGAGUAACAAUCUAGUGCGGGUGGGAUUACUUGGCCUUUUCUUCAGCUUCACUGAGGUUGUUGGGCGGAAUACAAGUGCUUGUUUUGGACCAUCACGACGUGGUCUUUCUGUGGUUCCUAAUCUCGAGUUUGCUUGCACAGAGGGUUGA